AUGGCGGGGAAACAACUGCCAGAGGUUGUUCAUGCUGGAUUUGCAGGUAAGGGAAACUGUUGGCCAUUUUCUCAAUACCAACAAGAGGAUGGAUGCUUGGAUGUGGGUGUGGGACCUCCUCAUCUGCAGCAUGACACUGGGAAUGGUUGUGGAGACAAAUUUGGGUCAUACAGAGAUGGUUCUGAUCAUGAUAAUGUCAGAGAGUUCCGCGUGUCUGCCAAGGAUGACUCAGUAUUUCAAUCUUACAACAGUGGGCUGGCUACUCAACGUUCUUCUUGGGUUGGGUUGGGUAAGGGAAACUGUUGGCCAUUUUCUCAAUACCAACAAGAGGAUGGAUGCUUGGAUGUGGGUGUGGGACCUCCUCAUCUGCAGCAUGACACUGGGAAUGGUUGUGGAGACAAAUUUGGGUCAUACAGAGAUGGUUCUGAUCAUGAUAAUGUCAGAGAGUUCCGCGUGUCUGCCAAGGAUGACUCAGUAUUUCAAUCUUACAACAGUGGGCUGGCUACUCAACGUUCUUCUUGGAAUCUUUGGCUCGAGUUUGAAGCUGAAUUGUGUUCCAUUGGUUACACAGCUCGCUUUGAGCGAAUGAAAAUUGAGAUGGACAAAAGCAAGCUAGACAAUUCAAAUUCCAUAAAUAUGGCGGGGAAACAACUGCCAGAGGUUGUUCAUGCUGGAUUUGCAGGUAAGGGAAACUGUUGGCCAUUUUCUCAAUACCAACAAGAGGAUGGAUGCUUGGAUGUGGGUGUGGGACCUCCUCAUCUGCAGCAUGACACUGGGAAUGGUUGUGGAGACAAAUUUGGGUCAUACAGAGAUGGUUCUGAUCAUGAUAAUGUCAGAGAGUUCCGCGUGUCUGCCAAGGAUGACUCAGUAUUUCAAUCUUACAACAGUGGGCUGGCUACUCAACGUUCUUCUUGGCUUGGCUUGGGUUUUGAACCACAAAAUUGA